AUGAUUGAAAAGAUUUUUAGAAAACAAACUAGAAGGACAGAUUCACCAUGUGAAAGUAAGAAAUCACAAAGUUUUUUGAAUAGAACUGUCAAGCAAUUAUAUGAUAUACGUAAUGAAGGAAUAUUUUCAUACAAAAGUAAAACGCAGCAUAAUGGCUUAAAAGCAAUAGUUAAUCAGUUAUGUAAUCUGCACAAAGAAGAAAGGAUGAAAGGAACAAAUGCUAUUUCAUUUCUAAAACAAAUGGAACAAUUUUUUAUUAAAAAUGAUCAAAAUCCUGAAGAUGUUAUUAAUUGGUGUCUUGACAAUCAAAUCAAUCCUAUAAUUCAAAGUAUUCUUGCUGAUUGUUAUUUUUGCGGAAAAUGGAUUAAUAAAGAUAAUCAAAAAACUUUUGAAUUCGACCAAAAAUCCGCGGAAGGUGGAUAUAUUAUAGCAUAUAGUUGUCUUGGUUUUUGUUAUGGAAAUGGCAGAAGGCAAGAGCGAACAAGAGAGUUCAAGAGAGUUCAAGAGAACAAGAAAUGA